AUGGAUGAUGACAGUGCGGAGCAAGAUCAAAUACACACAGUAUUCCGGGUGCUUCCGAUGCGGGAUGCCGCAGUCCAUAUGCAACAGCUGGAAGACACAGAGGCAGUGUCCGUACAGGCGAUUUUUGAUCCCGACAGUGGCAAUGAUGAUGUAUGGGUGUCACAGCAGCUGAGGGAGUUCAAUGUGAAUGCAGAUGAUCAGGAGGCGGUGAUUGAAUUUUUGAGACAGAAGGUUGAGGGGCAGGGCAUCGAGCACAACCAGCUGAUGGAGAUGUUUUGUUGGCUGCGAGGGAUAUAUCAGGAGGCAGAGAGGGGGAAGAUCGAGUCAGAGGUCAAACCCGUUGGACCCAAACCCGUUGGAAGUCGAAGCCGUUGGACGUCAAACCCGUCCCAGGAGGGAAUUAACCCGUUGGGAGUUGAACACGCCGGACCCAACCCUAUCCAACAGGUGGGGGUGGAAUGGACGUCCAUUCCAUUCAGGGCCGUAUUGGGAUAUGAAAUACAACAUAUCCAAAUCAAAAGCGAUAAUUCCGCCGGGAAGGGGUUACAUUGUGGUGUCAAAGUCAAUGAGUUGAGUCGAACACGCUGGACCCAAACCCGUUGGACGUCAAACCCGUCCAAGGAGCCCAUUCACCCAUUGGACCCGAACCCGUUGGAUGAACCCAUCAACCUGUUGGAAGUCGAGCACGCUGGACGAUUAUAUCAGAAGGUAGAGGGGGGGGUUCAAAAAUAUUGGAGUUUUAAAGAGCAUUAUCCCAUACAAUAA